ACAUUGAGGACUCAUCGUUCGCACCCAUCAGCUGAGGAGCAAUUGAAAAACAAUUGGAAAACCCUUGUAGCAGCUUAUUCUAUUGAGCGCUUUCAGAAUGGUUAUAAAUCUGAAUCCAGCCACCCAAACCGAUGCCUUUGGUAUCAGCCUGCCCAGCGGCACAGCGGCAACGGCAACGGCAAUGGAAACGGAAGUGAUAACAAUAACUGGGAAAAUAACGGCAGCAUGACUGGCGUCGUAAACAACAUGAUGAGCAUCUUCAACCACGCCGUAAUCGAUGGGGCAUUGUACUUGCAUGUAUUGUAUGUCGGUGAGACAGGCGACAAGUGGGUAACCCUGGUGGAAGCCAUGCACUUUUGCUACGAAGCGGUAUUUGCAUAUGCCCAGCUACAGCUGGCACUUUUCCAGAAUUUCGUACUGGACUCGCUCGAGCUUAGUUCUGAAAAUCCAUUGUAAUUAUUAA